UAUUGUUCCUCUUCUUCAAUAAAUUUAUAUGCAUUUGUUACAAGAAUAUCGACCAAAAAUUGAAAAAAAGAUGUGAAUUUUCAAUUGUAAAUAAAUUUAUGUCGACGAGUAGUGAUGCUAAAACCGUUUUAAAGAUUAAAGAAUAUUUUAAAUUGUACGUGGAAACUUCUAACAUGGUUAAAGAUAUCAAUAAAUUAUUUGGAUGGAAAAUAAUAACAAGUUUUAUUUUUACAUUGGCUAAUUCGGUCGAUAUUUUGAAUUGGUAUAUAAAUGGAGAAACGAUCAUUAAUCCCGACCUAGUAGAAUUGAUAAUAACGAUGACAUAUGCAGCAUGCAUUAUACUCUCUUGUAAUUCUACAGUCAAACAAGGAAAACACUUUAUACGCACUGCUUAUGCAAUGGAAGAAUGUUUCGGUAUGAAUUCUAUUAUAAGACUAGAGUUAAUAGAGAUUGCUGAAUUAGCAGAACACUACUUGCCAAGAUACUCUGUUCUUGGAUUGUUUGACGUUGACAGAAGCACAAUCAUAUCGCUAAUUUCAAUUUUAAGCACCUAUAUUAGUGAUGCUACCGUUUUGAAGAUUAAAGAAUAUUUUGGAUUGUACGUGGAUAUUUCUAACAUGGUUAAAGAUGUCAAUAGAUUAUUUGAAUGGAUAUUAAUGAUAAUUUUCGUUUUUGCAUUGGCCAAUUCGGUGGAUAUUUUAAAUUGGUAUAUAAAUGGAGAAACGAUUAUGAAUCCCGAUCUACUAGAUUUGAUAAUAACAAUAACAUAUGUAGCAUGCAUCAUACUUUCUUGUAAUUCUACAAUAAACCAAGGAAAACACCUUAUACGUACUGCUUACGCAAUGGAAGAAUGCUUCGGUAUGCAUUCUAAUAUAAGAUUAGAAUUAUUGGAGAUAGCUAAGUUAGCAGAACACUACUUACCAAGAUAUUCUCUUCUUGGAUUCUUUCAUAUCAACAAAAGCACAGUUAUAUCGCUGUUAUCAAUUUUAAGCACGUAUAUGUUAGUUGUCAUUCAAUUUAACAUAUCUUAA